GGGUUAGGGCUCCCCUGCCAAGCAGAGAGAGGGAAGGAGACGCUGAGAGAGAGAGAGAGAGAGAGAGAGAGGGAAGGAGACGCUGAGAGAGGGAGAAGGAGACGUUGGGUCAGAGCAGGUAGGUGCACUUUCAAUGCAGCUGCGUUUCCACCACCCUCUCCCAAAUUCGAAAUGGAUAGCCGUUGCCUGUAACAAAUUAACCUGUGACUUGAAAAACACCUAAUUCCUCUGUUACAUUUCUUGCAAUCUUACCUGAUAGAAAGUUACAGGUUGAGACUUUGUUACCUGUAACAUUUCUCCCCCAAACACAAACUGUAAGAAAGUCACCUGUUACUUUCUUACAUUUUACACAAGUUACAGGCAUCCAAAGCCCCAGCCACGAAACUCAACCACCGCAGCCACGAAACCCAUCUAUCCUCCACUCCGGCCAUGCUCACCGUCUUUGUACGGUGCCCAUCGUGUCUUUUCACCAGAAUUGUCAGAUUUCCGCCAAAAAUCGUCAGAUUACCCUCCAAAAUCCCUCUUUCGCUGGCGACCCUUGUCUCCUCCACUCAGGUAAUCAUCCGUUUCUCUCAUUCUCCCGCCAAAACUUCCUUCAUUCUAAUCACAGAGAAACCCUUAAUGAGAUCAGACUUCACCCCCCAUCACAACCCAUCACAGAAUCAACCACCUGAAGUAACCGAGUCUGACUCUAAAAAAUUCAACGGUUUGGAUCGACCAUCCAUAGCUCUUGACUGUGAGCUCAUCAUAAGUGCUCUCUACUCAAUCCGUACCAGACCCAUUGCCGCUCUGCGGUUCUUUCGCUGGGCCACUCGCCAGCCUGGUUUCGAACGGUCUGAAAUCGCAUUCUGUGCCAUCUUGGAAAUUCUCGUCGAGAACGAUCUCAUGCGGCCUGCUUACUCCGUAAUGGAGCGGGCCAUCCAACUAAAUUUGGAUGGGAUUGUUGAUCUUUUGAUCAGCGGGCACGUGGGUCCCAAUGUUACUCCCAAGAUUCUUGAUCUCUUGAUGUGGAUUUACACCAAAAAAUCGAUGGUGGAGCUUGCUCUAUCAACUUUCUAUAAGAUGGCAAGAAAUGGGUUUCUGCCAGAUGUCAAGAACUGUAACAGGAUCCUUCGGAUUCUUCGAGAUGGCAAUCUUUUAAUAAAGGCAAGGGAGGUUUAUGAUGCAAUGGGCAAGUUUGGGGUGCGCCCCACCGUCGUCACUUUCAAUACGAUGCUUGAUUCUUUCUGCAAGGAAGGGAAGAUGCAGGAAGCUCUUAAUCUCUUAUUGGAAAUGCAGGAGAAAGGGUGUGUUCCGAAUGAUGUGACGUAUAACGUCUUGAUCAAUGGGUUGUCGAAGAAAGGGGAGUUGGAUAGGGCCAAGGAGCUGAUUGAGGAGAUGUUGAACUCAGGGCUGACAGUUUCGGCUUGCACGUAUAAUCCCUUGAUUUAUGAAUAUUGCAAGAAGGGUGAUUUUGUUGGAGCAUUGGGAUUUGGGGAUGAGAUGGAAAGGAGAGGCACUACGCCGACAGUUACGACGUAUAAUACAUUUAUUAAUGGGCUUUGCGAGAGGGGAGAGAUGGCUGAAGCUCGAGAGCAGUUUUCGCAGAUGUUGAAGAAGAAUUUGGCACCGGAUGUAGUCUCGUACAAUAGUUUAAUUUAUGGGUAUUGUAGACUAGGUGACAUAAAGGAGGCGUUUCACUUGUUUGAUGAUUUGGGUAGGAACCAGCUAGCGCCUAAUGUCGUGACCUAUAAUACGCUAAUCUAUGGUCUUUGUAGAAUCGGGGCCUUGGAGGCUGCCUGGAAGCUCAAAGAUGAGAUGUUUGUUCAGGGGCUUCUUCCUGAUGUGCUUACUUAUACGACCCUUGUAAAUGGGUCUUGUAGGAUAGGUGAUUUGGCAUUGGCAAAGAAGUUUUUUGAUGAGAUGCUUAGGAUGGGAUUGCACCCGGAUUGCUUUGCAUACACGACUCGAAUUGUUGGCGAGUUGACGUUAGGCACCUUGUCAGAGGCGUUCCGUCUCCGAGAAGAGAUGGUAGCCAAGGGGGUGCAUAUGAACUUAAUUACGUAUAAUGUUUUAAUCGACGGACUUUGCAAAUUUGGAGAUUUGGAAGAAGCCUAUGGUUUGUUGCAGCAGAUGCUUCAGGAUGGCUUUGUUCCGGAUCGUGUGACAUACACGUGCAUAAUCCAUGCUCAUGCAGUAAAGGGUCAUCUUAGAGAAGCUCGGGAGGUCUUUUAUGAAAUGCUUAUGAGAGGCUUAUCACCCUCGAUAGUGACAUACACGAUUCUGAUUCAUGCUUAUGCGGGCCAAGGGAGAUUGGAACUAGCAUUUAUCUUUUUCUCAGAAAUGAUAGAUAAAGGGAUAUCCCCGAAUGAGAUCACUUACAAUGCUUUGAUAAAUGGUUUAUGCAAAGUGGGCAGGCUGGAACAGGCUUAUCAGCUCUUUUAUGAGAUGGGGGAGAAAGGGUUAUGCCCCAAUAAAUAUACCUACACUCUACUGAUAAACGAAAACUGUAAUAUAGGAAAUUGGAAUGAGGCUUUGAGAUUGUAUAGUCAAAUGCUCAAGAAAGAUAUCCUGCCAGAUGCAUGUACUCAUGCUGCGUUUUUUAAGCAGCUUGCUGAGGACUACAAAGUCCAUGCAGUUUCCUACCUUGAGAACAAGGUUUUAGGUUGUUGAUUUGAUUAUGGGGAAUGCCAUGAAGAAUGGGCAUUUCAUUAAUGCCUGCAGCAGCCAACUGGGGUGGCCCAGGGUGGCUGGAACAGACACUUAUCUGGGCAGAUUGGCAUCUGAGAGUAUUUGCAUCAGAGUAGCUUUGGCAAAAGCCUGAAGUCAUCAUUUGAAUCCAGUUGGAUGGUUUCAUCUUCCACCAACUGAUGAAUUUUCUCUCUGGAGAUCUGAAGAAAUGGACCAAUGAUGAUGAAAAGCUUAGCCAGAAUUUAGUUCGCUUGUAUUCAAAUUGGACCCACCAUGAAAGCUUAAAUCCAACAACUUCAUCUUCAAUCUCUUCUGUGGCACCAAUUGAAGCUCAAUUGCUUUCAAGAAUCCCAGUGUGUUGAGCUUAACUCUAUUAGAAGAAAGAAAAUCAGAAGAAAAAGAUGUCCCAAGUUUAUGAAAAAUGUAAGAAAUUUGUAUGAAGAAGAAUUCAAGCUUUGAUCCGAAAAGAAUGGAGAGUUGUUGUUGAAAGAGGACUUGGAAGGCUCUUCGUAUGUAUUUUCACCCUUAUAGUGUGGGUUAAAAAAAUAAAUUCCACACACACACACACACACAUGCAGGCACACACUCUUUUAGGUACCCAUAAGGGUAUCACAACUGAAAAAAUAAA